UCGCUGGACCAGGGGCCCCUCUGUCACAGCCAUGUUUGGCAGGAAGCGCAGCGUCUCCUUUGGGGGCUUCGGAUGGAUCGACAAGACCAUGCUGGCAAGCCUGAAGGUCAAGAAGCAGGAGCUGGCCAACAGCUCGGAUGUGACCCUCCCAGACCGGCCGCUGUCCCCUCCUCUCACUGCGCCUCCCACCAUGAAGUCAGCGGAGUUCUUUGAGAUGCUGGAGAAAAUGCAGGGGAUCAAGCUUGAAGAGCAGAAGCCGGGACCCCAGAAGAACAAGGACGACUACAUUCCGUACCCCAGCAUCGACGAGGUGGUGGAGAAAGGAGGCCCAUACCCCCUGAUCGUCCUGCCCCAGUUUGGGGGCUAUUGGAUUGAGGACCCUGAGAACGUGAGCACGCCGACCUCCCUGGGCAGCAGCAUCUGUGAGGAGGAGGAAGAGGACAACCUCAGCCCCAGCACAUUUGGCUACAAGCUCGAGUGCAAGGGUGAAGCCAGGGCCUACCGCAGGCACUUCCUGGGGAAGGAUCAUCUAAACUUCUACUGUACUGGCAGCAGUCUGGGGAACUUGCUCUUGUCCAUCAAGUGUGAGGAGACGGAUGGUAUUGAGUACCUUCGGAUCAUUCUCAGGUCCAAAGUGAAGACAGUACAUGAGCGGAUCCCCUUGGCUGGACUGAGCAAGUUGCCCAGCGUCCCUCAGAUUGCAAAGGCUUUCUGUGACGACGCAGUGGGGCUGAAAUUCAACCCUGUCCUGUACCCCAAGGCCUCCCAAAUGAUCGUGUCCUACGAUGAGCAUGACGUCAACAACACAUUCAAAUUUGGGGUCAUUUAUCAAAAAGCCAGGCAGACCCUGGAGGAGGAGCUGUUUGGGAACAGUGAGGAGAGCCCAGCUUUCAAGGAGUUCUUAGAUCUUCUGGGAGACACCAUCACGCUGCAGGACUUCAAAGGUUUCCGAGGAGGCCUGGAUGUGACCCAUGGACAGACGGGGGUGGAAUCAGUGUACACGAUAUUCCGGGACAGGGAGAUCAUGUUUCACGUCUCCACAAAGCUGCCGUUUACCGAGGGAGACACCCAGCAGCUCCAGAGAAAGAGACACAUUGGGAAUGACAUUGUGGCCAUCAUCUUCCAAGAAGAAAACACACCGUUUGUCCCAGAUAUGAUUGCCUCCAACUUCUUACAUGCCUACAUUGUUGUGCAGGCUGAGAACGCGGGCACAGAGACCCCAUCCUACAAGGUCGCAGUCACCGCACGGGAAGACGUGCCUACCUUCGGCCCACCUCUGCCCAGCCCCCCUGUUUUCCAGAAGGGCCCGGAGUUCAGGGAGUUUCUCCUCACCAAGCUCACCAAUGCAGAGAAUGCUUGCUGCAAGUCAGACAAGUUUGCAAAGCUGGAGGACCGGACGAGGGCCGCCCUCCUGGACAACCUUCACGAUGAACUCCACGCCCACACUCAGGCCAUGCUGGGACUGGGCCCAGAAGAGGACAAGUUUGAGAAUGGGGGCCAUGGGGGAUUCCUGGAGUCUUUUAAGAGGGCCAUCCGUGUGCGCAGCCACUCCAUGGAGACGAUGGUAAGCAGCCAGAAGAAGCAGCAUGGCGGGGGCAUCCCCGGCAGCCUCAGUGGGGGCAUCUCCCAUAACAGCAUGGAGGUCACCAAGACUACCUUCUCGCCUCCGGUGGCCAUGGCAACAGCGAAGAACCAGUCACGGAGCCCCAUCAAGCGGAGGUCGGGGCUUUUCCCCCGUCUGCACACGGGCUCUGAAGGCCAAGGGGACAGCCGGACACGAUGCGACAGUGCAUCCAGCAACCCGAAGACCCCAGAGGGCGGACACUCUUCUCAGGAGAUAAAGUCUGAGACCUCAUCCAAUCCCAGCUCUCCGGAAAUCUGCCCCAGCAAGGAGAAGCCCUUCAUAAAGUUGAAGGAGAAUGGCCGAGCCAACAUCUCCCGCUCCUCCUCCAGCACAAGCAGCUUCAGCAGCACGGCAGGGGAGGGCGAGGCCAUGGAGGAGUGUGACAGUGGGAGCAGCCAGCCGUCCACAACCUCUCCCUUCAAGCAGGAGGUGUUUGUCUACAGCCCGUCCCCAAGCAGCGAGAGCCCCAGCCUGGGGGCAGCCGCCACCCCCAUCAUCAUGAGCCGGAGUCCGACAGAUGUCAAAAGCAGAAACUCCCCGAGGUCAAACCUGAAAUUCCGCUUUGAUAAGCUCAGCCAUGCCAGCUCCAGUGCGGGUCACUAAUGUGAAAGAGGAGUCCUUCGCUUGUCAAAGG